GCUUUAAAGAUGGAGAUGCUCUUGAAAGAACUUGGUUCAGCUUCCAAGCUUCUGAGUGAUUUUAAGGACAUGUAUGAAUAUGAGAACCGUUUAAAAACCUUCACAAACUGGCCUUUUAGAGAGAACUGCAAGUGCACUCCGGAGAAUAUGGCAAAGGCGGGCUUUGUCCACUGUCCAGAUGAAAAUGAACCAGAUGUGGUAAAAUGUUUCUUUUGCUUGAUAGAACUGGAAGGCUGGGAACCAAAUGAUGACCCAUGGAAUGAACACAUCAAACGUUACAACUGUGGCUUUUUAGCCCUCACCAAGCCCUUUGAUGACCUGACCAUGGAGGAAUACUACAUGCUGGAGAUGACACGGCUGAGAACCUUCCUUUGCAAAACUGGCAGAAGCAUAAUAAACUCUUUUGAAGAAGAAGUCGCUGCAACUAGGCAGCGUCUUAUGGAUAACUUUGUCUCCAAGCAUCAGUGUGCACCACUGCCACCACUGCCUCGCCAUGCUGAGCCAUCUGCCCAACGUUCUAAAAGCUCAUACCGCCAGUCAAAGAAACUCCAGAAGUGAAGUGUAAAGUCUGAAGGUUUCUCUUCUUCAUAUGGUACAAACAUUUAUAUUUUUAUCUGAAUACUACUAUAAACCUAAAUGGUUGCGUGAGGAAGUGUAGUGAAUUCCUUUCACAGGCUUUCUGGAAUAGAAGCCCUAAGUGUUUAUACUAACUCCUAUCUUUCACAGUAUGCUUUGUCAUUAUAGCUAGGUGUGGACUAAUAGUAGUUCCUCUAACCUGAGUAUAUAUGACAAGUGUCCAAGCAAAUACUUGUAUUCUGGCUUUUUAGUGUGUUGACUUUUUUGGAAUAAAGAUUCAUAACUUUGAG